AUGGGUCCCACUGAGCUUCUGGUUGAAAUGGAAGACUGGUCCGGUUCAAAGGUUUAUGCUCAAUAUGAGCAGUUCACUGUGCAGGGCGAAGCUACCAACUACAUUCUAGCAGCUGGACGUUACUCAGGAACAGCUGGAAAUACAUUAUUGGAUGGCGCAACAGAACUGUUUGGAGAGAACCGUACCAUGACCAUCCAUAAUGGCAUGAUGUUCAGCACCUACGACAGAGAUAAUGACAAAUGGAUACCUGGAGAUCCUUCUAAACAAUGUUCAAGAGAAGAUGGAGGAGGAUGGUGGUACAACCUAUGCCACUCUUGUAAUCCUAAUGGGCGAUACUACUGGGGAGGAGCUUAAACAAAAUACAUGGCCAAGCAUGGGACAGAUGAUGGCAUCGUGUGGAUGAACUGGAAGGGCUCAUGGUAUUCGCUCAAAUCUAUCAGCAUGAAGAUCAAACCAUUCUUCAAACA